CGAUUCUGUUCUCUCUCAAGUCUCCUUAGAACGACUCCAUGCCAAAGCUCAUGAAGUGCACAGGAUACGACUAUUACUCCACACAAUUGGUUGAAUUUGGAGCCAUAAUUCCCCUUAUUGUCUAUGAUUUUCUAAUGCAGAUGUUGACAGCGGCCAUAGCGCGCCCUCGUUUCUCGAGAGUCACGUGGUUUCUCGGAAGGGACUUUGCAUAGCAGAGCGCGCCCACGCCCCUCAAUGAUACAGUACAGCACAAACAACGACGCGCACCGGAGCACUUGGAGUUGACGAGGUAAACGACACUUUAAUCCACUUCUUACUUUUGUCCGCCAUAGUUUAUUUGACACAUUAUGUGACACAAAUGUGUCACACACUCCUGGCUGUUUUUGUUGAGUAAAGUUAGUCGAUUGUCGAUCAGGUGACUGUUGAAUGGUAUGACCCAUAACGCGGCCAUUAAACAUGUUUGGCGCUUGGAGGAAAUGGGUUGUCGCUGUGUUUUAUUCAUUUAUUGACUUAAUGGUUUGUGUAAAAGAGUUCACUAAAAAGCCUCCUGGGACCAUGGCCGCGGGCAGGAUGCGGUGCACCCGCAAACUCCGCUCCUGGAUAGUGGAACAGGUUAGUAGCGGUAAAUACCCGGGACUGGUGUGGGACGAUGAGGACCGAACCAUGUUCCGCAUCCCAUGGAAGCACGCUGGCAAGCAGGACUUUCGCAAGGAUGAGGACGCCGCCAUCUUUAAGGCGUGGGCCGAGUUCAAGGGCAAGACGGCCGACAGCAACCCGGCCGCCUGGAAGACGCGUCUGCGCUGCGCCCUCAACAAAAGCCCAGAGUUCAGCGAGGUUCCGGAGCGGGCCCAGCUCGACAUCUCGGAGCCAUACAAGGUGUACCGCCUGGUGCCCCUCAAAGAACAAGGGAUCCAGAUGGCAAAGAGGAAAUGCCGAGAAAAAGCCAGCAGAAGAUGCAAGAGGAGGAGGAGCAGCAGCAGCAGCAGCAGCAGCGACGAGACGGAAAGCGUAGACAUCACUCACAUGGAGGAAAAGAAAAUGGAGGAUGUCAAAGUUGAGCUGGAUGAUGAUAACAUACUGGAGAGCAACCGCGUCCCGCAGGCGGACGACGCGGUCCAGCUGCUCGGCUUGGUGCAGGAAGGCGCACUAAGUGAGAUCCAAUUGGACGUCCGGAUUGACGAGAGUGUCCCGCCUCCUCAGGAAGACCAGGACUCAUUGCACGUGUCCGUUCACUAUUUGGGCCAGGAAGUGCUCAAACGUCUGAUCCACGGCCCCGAUGUUAGGGUCCUCUACGCGCCACCGUCCCCUGCUCCACCCACGCCGGCCCCCGCCGUCUGCUUCCCACGCAUCCACCUCCCGGAGCCUGUGCCCUCGCUGUUGGCCAACAAGGAACUGGGAUGGCUGCACAGGCUUCUGUCCCACAUGACAAAAGGCGUGGCGCUCACCUCCACGGCGCAGGGCGUCUACGGCAGGCGCUUCUGCCAAGCACGUGUCUUCUGGACUGGUCCGCACAUUUCCACAUUGGGGUUGCAAAAGAUGGAGAGGAACUCCGAGCCGGUUUUGCUCUUCAGCAAAGACGUCUUCAAGCAGCAGCUGGAUGAGUAUCGUUUGAACGGCCACGAGGCUCCUCAGUCCAACUUCACUCUGUGCUUUGGAGAAGAAAUAAGCAGCUCAGACGAAACGUCCACAAAACACAUCAUUGUUAAGGUCACUUUGCCAUGGGCCGAGCAGCAGGUCCAAAACACUCGCACCAUCCUGGAGUCCUUCACCUUUCUGCCGUCUUCGCUGGACGUGGUCACGCUCAACCUAGUCGCCGUCCCAAUCCCUGAACUCACAGCUUGAAGGGCCAGCUGAGUGAUGGGAGCCAGAGACAGAUGAGAGUGAAGCAGUGGCACACAGUCAGACACGCAAACAGCGCCCCCCGCCGGGCUAGACGACAGCAGCAGCCCAUUGACGCUGCACCGGGGAAACAAACAGGCGUGCAGGUACAUCUUCACAUAAGCCCGACAGGACAACUCCACCUCGCCCAUGAUGGACGCUGUAACGAGGGCACAAAGAUUGUAUAAGACCACAUUUUAUCAUACACGGCCAUUGCAGCUCCAACAACGCUUGUUGGCCAUAAAUGACUCAUACUGCACAUUAGCACUAGCAUCAAUGCUUAUCAAAGCAGUGAAAGUAGUAUUACCUCAAGAGGGAUACAAAGAGCAACGGAAAUGCGUCGGGUGGCCUUUCGCCUCGAAAUUUUAAGUUUUUAAACAAAUGUAACCAUUUAAUUUCAUCACCCAAGAGCGAACAAACAAACGGGUCUUCUGUUAACAGCGACUGAAUGCAACCGUAUGGCUAAUGCUAACGGAGGGCGGGGGUCGAUGCUGUUAAAGCAACGAUUGGUCGAAACAAUGCUGUCCUCUUACUUGAUUGGAGGAUACGCCUGUCGAUCGUUUCCUCGUCUUCUUCGGUGGUAUUGUCAUUGCCUGCAGUCCUCUGCCAGUCUUUUUAGUGGGAGAAGUAUCAUAGUCUGUAUCGACGUACUGAAAUGACGAUUUUUAUUUCACAAAGUAUUUUUUGAGUAAAUGGAUCACAAAUGAUUACUUUUCAAAAAGAUUACAAGGGUUAGUACAAGACUAAGGUUGGAAAGAAAUAUGUAAUAUGUAGGCUAAUACGAAGAGUACUUUAAAGGAUCAGUAGAUGGCAAUGUUUUGCUAGUUUCUUUCUACUACUGUACUUAUGUUCUGCUAACUGACGAGCAUAUGUGCAUAUGGCGUUCGUUGGUCAGUUUUAGCAUACUACUGUGUACAUUUCUUUUCGAGAAAGUGCUGCAUGUAUAUAUGGCGUUAGUUUGCUAGUUUUAGCAUUAUACAGUGUACAUUUAUAUUAAAAGUGCCCAAGUAUAACCUAAUAACGAUAGCAUGUACCCUUCUGAAUCACAAAAGCUGUAACUUAAACGAAAACUUAAUCUAAAUGCAAAGACCAAUUCCAAUGUUAAACCAUUUUAACAAUGUAUUCCAUUAACUUGUACUGUAAUACCAUUAGCAACCCGAAUCGCUGUAAUAACAACGUUACGCAAUGCGUGCACAACUUCCGCUGACGAAUUUUCAAAAUACGAUCUCACUUUGCUUGCCCCAUUGCUCGCCUGCGCACCAAAUGGUCCAGUACGCCAAACCUUGCUUUUAUU